AUGAGCGCCAUCACAUUGCCCGACUUGCCAAAGGUCAAGCCGCUCGGCCCAGUCAUCUACCUCGUCAAUCGCUACGGGACCCGAACGAUUCUGGCAGUACUUGGCGUACUGUCAUCUGUCUGCACCUUCCUAUUACCACUCACCAUUAAGCACUCAAUCGCCGCCUUCUACGUGCUGCGCUUCAUCCAGGGGAUUGCGCUCGCAUGUAACAUGCCGGUCGUUGGGUACUUUACGGAACGGUGGACUUAUUAUAAACAGAAAGGCCUCACGGUCUCCGUGCUCGUCACCUACCUCCAACUCGCUCCCGCCUUCACGAAUCCCGUUUCCGGGGCCUUAUGUGGGGCUGCUGGAUGGGAAAGCAUCUUCUACUUCCAUGGCGGCCUCUCGCUUGGGCUAUUUACGCUCUACAUAAUCUUCUUCCGGAACAACCCGGAAAAGCAUCCGUUCGUCGGCCGGACCGAAUCCGGAAAAAUAGCACGCGGGAAGGCGCCCGGACCG